AUGUCUAAACCAAGAGUUGCAAUUAUUAUUUAUUCUUUAUAUCAUCAUGUUUAUACAUUAGCUGAAUCAAUUAAAAUUGGUAUUGAAACUACUGGUAUUAAACCAGAUUUAUUUCAAGUUCCAGAAACUUUAACUCCAGAAAUUUUGAAAUUAGUUAAAGCUCCUUCAAAACCAAAUAUUCCAAUUGCUGAACCAAAAAUUUUAAAUAAUUAUGAUGCAUUUUUAUUUGGUAUUCCAACUAGAUUUGGUAAUAUGCCAGCUCAAUGGAAAGGAUUUUGGGAUAGUACUGGUGGACAAUGGGCUCGUGGUGAUUUAAGAGGUAAAUAUGCUGGAGUUUUCGUUUCUACUGGUACUCCAGGUGGUGGUCAAGAAACUACUGUUAUUAAUACAUUAAGUACUUUAGCUCAUCAUGGUAUUGUUUAUGUUCCAUUUGGAUAUGGAUCUCCUCGUUUAACUGAUUUAAAUGAAGUUCAUGGUGGUUCUCCAUGGGGGGCUGGUACUUUUGCUGGAGCUGAUGGUUCUAGACAAGUCACUGAAUUGGAAAAAUCAAUUGCUCAACAACAAGGUGAAGAUUUUAUUAAAACUAUUACUCAAUUCAAACAAUAA